GCUCGCCGUGGCGUGACGUCAUCGCGGCGAGCAGCCAGCUGGUGGCCGCCAUUUCCUCCGGUCCGGACGGAGCACCGAGCGAGCGGCGGGAGCCCCGGCCCCUCCAGGCUGAUGUGUGUCCCUAUCCGCGAGGAGCAUGUUCCCUAACUCCCCCGGCCGCCCCCCGCUGCCCCACUCCGGGUACAGCCCCAGCCAGCUGCUGCAGGCCCAGCUCAGCUUCCAGAAACAUGUCGGCACCAAGUCCAGUGAUGAUGGAAUUAAAGUUUCUGACAGUGUACCUGCAAUAAAUGGAAGUUGUCCUGCCAUUUGUCUCUCUAGAAUGCUCAUGAAUGGGAACAUUUUGCCACCAAUGUCACCACAACCAUGGUCUUAUGGAAAUCACAACCCUAUGGUCAGUCCUGGCUCUUCAUCUUCCACGUUCCAGAACCGGAAGAGGAGAAGCGAUGAGGGAAAUAUUUAUGACGUCAAGAGACAGCGUUUUCAUACGCCUCCGCAAUCUUCGCCUGCAAUUCACCAAUCCGUGCCUUUAAGAGAUGACCUCAGAAGAUCUUUCCCAGGGUCUAUUGCAUUGCCGCUGCUGCAGUCUCCUGCUCCUGAGAUCAAUGGAUGUGCUUCAUCUUCCAGAGACUCGUGGCUGUUUGACCAUGUUGAGCUUACUUUACCAAUUGCUAAGGAGAAGUUGAGCCAGCAGAUAUUGGACUUGUUCCAAGCAUGUCAGCAGCAGAUAAGCGACUUGAAGAAGAAAGAUGUUUGUCGAGCAGAACUCCAGAGGGAAAUUCAGCAAAUCUUCCCCCAGAGCAGGCUUUACCUAGUGGGCUCUUCCCUGAAUGGAUUUGGCACAAGGAGCAGUGAUGCUGAUCUGUGCUUGGUUAUGAAAGAGGAGCCGGUCAAUCAGAAAACCGAAGCAAGGCAUAUACUCAGCUUACUCCAAAAACACUUCUACACCAGACUUUCAUAUAUAGAGAGACCUCAGCUAAUCCGAGCUAAAGUGCCAAUUGUGAAGUUCAGGGAUAAAGUCAGUGGUGUGGAGUUUGACUUGAAUGUAAACAAUGUUGUAGGGAUCAGAAAUACAUUCCUUCUCAGAACCUAUGCACACAUGGAGAACCGUGUCCGGCCUCUAGUACUGGUUGUUAAAAAGUGGGCAAGUCAUCAUGGGAUUAACGAUGCCAGUCGCGGGACUCUGAGCAGCUACAGUCUUGUUUUAAUGGUUUUGCACUAUUUACAAACCCAACCUGAACCCAUUCUUCCAUCUCUUCAAAAAAUCUACCCAGAUUGUUUUAAUCCUACUAUGCAGUUGCACCUUGUCCAUCAAGCUCCUCGCAAUGUUCCGCAGUACUUUUCCAAAAAUGGAGCAUCCCUUGGCGAACUUCUUGUGGGUUUCCUAAAAUAUUUUGCCAUUGAAUUUGAGUGGGGUAAAAGAACUGUUUCUGUACGUGAGGGUAAAGCUAUGGCACGGACAGACGGCAUUGAAUGGAGGAACAAAUAUAUCUGUGUGGAAGAACCAUUUGACAGAACAAACACUGCUCGAGCGGUCCACGAGAAGCAGAAAUUUGAUCUGAUUCAGGAAGAAUUUUUGAAGGCCUGGGUGAGAUUGAGGGACAACCGAGAUUUAAACAGCGUGCUACCUGUUCAAAGAAUUAUCGGGAUGCAGAAGAGAUAAGUGUCUUAGAACUGGAUUCUCCUGGAAAAUAGAAAUAAUAUAUAUCAUUUUUUUACAUUGCAAUAUGCUUACACAACUGAAGACUUGAUUGGACUCUUCAUAUUGGGUUGGUUUUUUUUUGUUUUUGUUUUUUUAAACCGCUGCCUCUGAUAGUGAUAAAAUAAGGUCUUUGUUUUAGUAAAAGGAUUUCAUUUACAAUAUAGCAGUUUUAUUGUAUGUCUGGUAUGGACCACUGUUUGAAAUGCUGGAACCUGAAGUCCUCUUUAUUCACAAACCGCAGACCUUUUGUCUGAGUAUCCAGAUUUAUAUUUUUUUGUCUUUUUUUUAUGCUGAACGUGCUAUGAAUUUGCACUACACAUUGAUCAAAUGCUACCCCUCUUUUGUCUCGCAAUGAUAAGUGACAUAUCUUCCCGUGUAUUCUACAUGUAUGUAAAAUGUGAUCUAGAAACUGCUUCAACUCCUUAAUAUGUUUACCUCAGACACUGCUGUGUUCUUAAAGGACAACUGUAACCGCAAACCAUUUAAAACUUGCUGAAAGGGUUAUUACAUUUAAAAUAAAGUAGAAGUAAAAAAAAAUUUUUUUUUUUUUUUAUAUGAAUUACACAUCCCUCCCUUUAAUAUCUGACUGGAUCCUGCGGCCAUAUACACACACCUUGGGUCAGACAGUGUUUGAAAAUGGUUAGUUAGUCUCUAUGGUCUUUCCUGCUUCACUCCCUGCACAGAAAGAGAGAAGACCAUAGAGACUAACUGUCUGACCCGAGGUGUAUGUUUAUGGCUGCAGGAUCCCAUCAUAUAUUAAAGGGAGGGAUGAGUUUUCCUCACACUUUCUUUUUACAUAUACUUUAUUUUAGACUUGAUAAAAGACAAUUAUAUUUAAAAAAAAUAAAUAAAAAUGUAUUUUUGGCGCUGACCGUUGUCUUUUAAUUACGGUUUCAGGAUUCAUUGGAUCUUUUUUCCACCGAUCCCAGCAGAUUUGCUUUACGUUAAACCAUAGCCUGAAAGAGCUGUAGGCCGUAUGAUUUUGUGUGAUAAUGUGUGAUGUGUACGGAAGCUGCUCGCGUUGCCAUUGGUUCCACAUGGUAAUAGAAGGGAUAUCUUUCUAUGCCGCGCUCUCCCCUCCAAUAGUGGUAGUAUGUGUUAUUGCUGCUAAAUAAACAAUCCCCUCCUCCACACUUUCUAUGUAAAUAUUUUGACAUAUGUAUUCUAAUAUAUGUUUGACCUUUUGAGUGCCAGAGGGAUGUAGGUGGCAAAUCCAGGAUAUAUUUUUAACUUUUUUGUUUUUCUUUGAAAAACGAGAUUUCUCUUUAUGUUUACGUUCUGUUUGAGCACAGUGUGAACAUUUUGUCAUAUUUGUUGUUCGAGAAUAAUCUCUGUUAAAAUGACUGCAUUUUGCGUUAACAUGAGGAGUAAAGUAUACUUGUUUUCUUUUUGAUUUUGUUUCCCUUUUUGUAUUGUUACAUGGAAUAAAGUUUAUGUACAAAA